UCAAAUUCACAGCCACCUCGGUGGCUGCACCUUGUUCUGCCGGUCUGCUGCUGGGUCUGUCCCCUGGCAGCGCUGCCUUCAGGGCAGGCAGAGUCUCCGUGGGCUGCUAACCUGAUCAGCCCAGGAUGCAGCCUCUCCGUGGUGACAUCACAGCCAGAUGUUUGGCAGAGCCACACCCCCAGGGGGGUUUGAAGGCGCUCUAACAGGCUGGCUCACUUCUGCCGCCAGCAUGCAAGGGAAGAGCUGCCGGAGGUGCAGCAGGCUUGCGAUGGAGACGGUCUGCUUUGAGUGGCCAGCUCUUCUGCAGAGGGUUUGUCUGUCUUGAUGUUUCCACCAGCAGCCUUUCCUCUUGAGAAAGAGGACAACAGGGUGAGCCUUUUGCCCACAGAGUCCUUCUCCUGAAACCGGCUCUCUUCUCAGGAAGGUAUCCCUGCCCAGCGUCUGGAGUUGUUUUUGUUUGUUUGUGGACAGAGUGGAUUUGUGCACCCCAAGAGGUGUGGAAAAUGGCCACAGCUGCCUACUUUGCUGCCGAGUGCCUUGUCUCCAUGUCCAGCCGGGCAAUCAUCCAUGGUCCUGUGGAAGGACCAAGACCUCCACCUGCUGGGGUGGCUUCACCUCUCACGGACUUGACUCCCAAGGAGAAACCUGAAGGGAAGGAGGCAGGAAGAGACAACGGAGGGGGUACCACCUCAGUGUAUGCCGUGGCCAGCAUUUUGGCUGACUUAAACCAACAUCUCCCAAAGUCUUCCUCACUUCAGCCGGAGAAGGUUCAGAGGAUGGAGCGAAAGGAGGAAGUCAAAGCUCCCCUUUUGCAGGGAGCGCUCGGCCAAGACCUGAUCUUGCCAGCCAGCAAUUGUGGAGGAGAAAGAGCAGCCACACCUACCAACUUGGCGGCAGGCAACCAGCCCAGCCCGAAACAAAGGAGCAGGAGGGGAAGGUGCCAGCUUGACCCUGAAUUACCUCAGAAAAAACACAAAUGCCACUAUGUGGGGUGCGAAAAGGUUUACGGCAAGUCUUCGCAUCUGAAAGCUCACCUGAGGACCCACACAGGCGAGAGGCCCUUCGAAUGCCGUUGGGAAGACUGCAACAAGAAGUUUGCCCGUUCCGACGAGCUAGCCCGGCAUUUCCGCACCCACACGGGCGAGAAGAAGUUCUCCUGCCCACUCUGCGAAAAGCGCUUCAUGCGGAGUGACCACCUCACCAAGCACGCCCGCCGUCACGCCAACUUCCAUCCCAACAUGCUCAAGAGGCGAAGCGGCUGCAGCUCCAGGACUGGGUCUCUGAGUGACUAUAGCCGGUCCAAUGGAUCCAGCCCCAGGGACAGUCCUGGCAGCUCCCCCUAAAACCUCCCGGUGCCUGCACUCUGCUCUCCGCCUUUCAGUUCUUUGGAGUUCUCCUUUGCCUCGCCAUGCUUCGCUCGGCACUCCGUCUUUAAACAAAGCAAGAGAAAAUGUUGGCCUUGUUUUGAAGGGAAUAAGAGAGAGGGAGGAUUUUUCUCCUGCAACAUUGCUGCAGAAAAAAAAAUUUUUUUUGGCACAGUAGGACUCGAGUUUUACAUAUUUUUCUUCGUGGUCCUUCCAGGAACCUCUUUCUGGACAUUUCUUUUUGCUCUGUGUGUGCAUUUGUAUGUGUAUGUGUGUGUUUUUUUAAGCCUUAAGAAGAUGCUCUUUUAUAUAGGGUUUUUUUUUUGCUCAGGUGUCCAAGGGAAUUUUGUAGGGAAACAAAAAUGCAAAACCAGGUUGAUUCUAACUUUCCUCCAUCAAACUCUCCUCUUACUCAGGGAUAUAUAUCUAUUUAUGUACCAUGAAGACAUCUCCAGCCGCUGCCUUGUUCGAUACACACAUUUGCACUCAGAACCUGGGCUUCGGUCUUUUCCUGCAAUACAGCAAGAAAGUCAGGCCAAUCUUUGCACUCAAACGCUUUGAUUUUACAGUUGGGGGUAAACCCUUGGAGAGACUGGACCGUCUCCUCCACAAUUUCAAUCCACCAGUCCUCAUUUUUCCCCCCCUCUUUUUUUCCUGAUCGUUUCAUGCUGAAACAAUUCUGCUACCACCAACUUCCUGUUGCAAGAAGAAGAAGAAAAUCUGUAUAAAAAGUUUAUACUUGUAAAAGAAUCGCAGGAGGUUGGUGAAAGAUUUUUAAAAAAAAAAACUGAAGUAGGUGCCUUAAUCGUGUUUUUAUUCUAAAUCUAGGAAAAUAUUUUUACACUGGGGAACAUUUUAUUUAAGCACCAAAGGGGUGGAAUGGUGUUCUGUGGGGAUGAUAGCUUGUGGCAGCUUCCAGAGAUGAAGUUCUGAGCUGAACCCUUAUAUCUAUCUGCUUCUCUGUAGGCCGUGCGCAUGAAGUGGGCAUCGAUUUGAAUAAUGUUCCAUAUCUUUCUCUUUAAAAAAAAACAUAAAACUCCUCUGGAAACUGUGUUUCAGAGUCAUCCAGACUUUGUCAAGGUAUUUGUGCUGAUCUGCGGCCCCUUUUUGGCUUAAAAGCUAAAGAGUCUACAAAAUUCUGCAUUAUGGCAAAACAGUCAGUACAUAAUCAGAUGGAAGCGAUCAAUGGUGAUCAGGAAAUACUAUCUUUUGGAGGACAAUGGAAGAAAAACUUGCAUCUAGAAAGUGUUAAAAUGAUGGUGUUUUAGCUCAACAGCAGUUCACAAUUUUCCUUGUUGUCAGUGUAGUGUAAGGUCUGAAGGACAUAGCUAAAUCUUCUCUCCCAACCAGCAAAAACUCUAGGAUCUUCCAACAGAUUUCCCAUUGCCUUAUCUAACAGUUUGGACCACUUAUCGCUCCAGAAGUCCCACCAAGCAGAAGGAUCUCCUGCAUCCAAGUGGUACCGGGGGUCAACGUGGAUCAACCCAAAAGAGCUUUCUCGAAGGACCUGUGACUACUUAAACAGCUUAACUCAGCAGAAGAGAUCCAUGGAUAUGUAAAACUCCCCUUUCAUGAGUGGGGAGAUGACUCCUUUCAAAACUGGGCCCCAUUUUUUGCUUGGCAUGAACGGAUGGAUGGAUGGAGGGAGGGAGGGAGGGAGGGAGGGAGGGACUGUGUCCUAGAUUGAUAAUGCAGCCCUCCUGAAGUGGGUGAUCUCUAGAUGUAACUUUCAGAAUUCCAGCUCUGGAGGUUGCUUUCUCAACAGAUGUGGAAGGUUUUGAUAAGACUCAUCUCUGCUUUUCAAGUUAAGGUUGGGGGGAAGCCAGCCAGAAGGUUGGGAGAUGUGUCUUUCCUAGAAACCUUGUUGCGGUUGAACUUGGCUUGUUCCAAGAUUAUAUUUCAAUGUGUGGGGUACUUUCCCUGUGAUUGUGUUCUUUUUUUAAAAAAAAAUACUGUUAAUAUAAAUGCAGCCGACUGUAGCACAGUAAAGCAAACUCCAUUCCUCCAAAGGACUGUUUACGAUUGAUGCAAUCAUCUCUACAUUCCAAAGGUGUUCUAACCAAGACUUUUCUUCCAACUUUGCAAUAAUUCCGUUUUGCCAGACGACCUAAAACACAGAUGUGCACAUAGACAUAACUGUACUAUCCAUAGAUUUGCAAAUGAUAAUAAUAUGCCACCCAUUAAAGCAUAUCUGGUAGGUGGUAUUUAUCAAGCCCUCCUCCCCUUGUACUACCAUCUGCUGUAUAAAAAUGGCUCUACAUCUAGAUAUAUUCCAGUAUUGAUUUCAAAACACAAUUUGAAGUUAGCCCUGCUUUCUGUGUAGUGUCAACACCAGGCAUAAACCCAUCUGACAACCAUCAAUAAGUUCUCAAGAUCAUGUUUGUUGGCAUCAUGAUAGGUUCAGAGGAAGGACUGUGACUCUGUCCCAUGAGAGACAGAGACCAUUUGAGGUUCUCCAAAAACCAAAACUUUACUUUCCAACCUCCUUUGAUAGCUAAGGCUGGAGGGCAGUUAUCGAAGGCAGGACUUGGAAACACUCAUAACAGCUAGCAAGAAAUAUUUAUGGUCUAUACCAAGGUGUCCUUAUGAAGAUAUAUCUAGAAACAAAGGUUCGGAUUGAUGAUGACCAGGAACAGAGAGAUGGCUACAGAGAACAGUAUGAACCCAUCUACCCCAAACCCUUCCUUUUAUUAAAUUACCUGCAGAACAUGAUUUGCUUUCCAAGAGCACCAGAUCUCUCUUCCAUUUCAUGAACACAGAAUUGCAAAAAUAAAUUCUACCAUGCCUUAAACAGUCUCCUUCCACUUGGGGUCAGCCAGAUGUGUUAGGAAGCACCAUCCCAACACACCUGGAAGGUGGAGAAAGGGAGAUGGCCUUAAACACAACCCUCCAAAUAAGAUCUUUGCCUUAAUCUUCAAGAGACACUAGCCAUUGCUUAGAGUGCUCUUUUUCCUUUUGUGGCUCAAGAAACAGGCAUUGAAUCACCCAAGGAUUAUGCCAAAGAGCUAACCAACCAUGGUGCAGUCUGAAGACAACCAACGUGCUGAUGUUCCUAACUUUGCUUGAAUGACUGGAGUUGUAUGGAGUAAAAGAAGUGAUCUUACCUAGAAGGAACUGGCACUUCCACUAAAUCCACUACUGUAUUCCUUUGGAUCAGCAGGGUUCUUAUUACCUUAUUCCAGGAUUUUAAAUUUUUGUUCUGCUGUACUGCUAUCAUUUGAUUAACCGAAUCCAGCUGUCUUUCUUUAGACAAAGCUUGGUCCUGGCCACCAAGCCAGCCAUGGGCCCUUUUCUCCUCCUUUUGGUUGGCAGAGGGUCUCAUUAUGAGAUAUUUACUCUUUCUUGAGUCAAGACUAUGGCAUUAGACAGGCAACUUGAGAGAAAAAGCAUCCACAUAUCUAUUUAUUUCAGAUUUUGCAUUUAGAGAUUGGUGGCAAUAUGAACCAUGCGCUUCUGAGGCUUUUCAAAAAAAAUUUGCGCUCAUUACCAUUUCAUAUCAAACCGUAAAUGUAAUCAAAACACUCAGGGUUUGCUAAUAAUUGUCUCCUGUCUGGCGACAGGACCUCAUUUUAGCUUUGCUGGCUGCUGUUUGAUUAAUGUUGAUUAGGCUAAACUGGGUCCUAAUUUGAUGAAAAUUCUGCUUCAGAUUUUUCAUGGAAAAGAGCUUGGAUCAGCAAGGCAAGAAAAAGAUAAAUCUUGUUCCUGCUCUUCGAAUUUCCUGGUCUUUGUUUGCUUGAAUUUAGGGGUCGACCCUGUUGUUAUGUAGAUCUCUCCUGCAAAAAGUUCUUAAAUGUUGCACUCUAGAGCAGGGGUCUCCAACCUUGGUUCCUUUAAGACUUGUGGACUUCAACUCCCAGAGUUCCUCAGCCAGCGAAGUCCACAAGUCUUAAAGGGACCAAGGUUGGAGACCCCUGCUCUAGAGCACGGACGUCCAACCUUGGUCACUUUAACCCUUGUGGUCAGUGGUGAAAUCUGAACCGGUUUACUACCGGUUCAUUGGCUGCACGUGUGCAUGCGCAGUGCGCACCACGCACCAAAUGUUAGAUGCGCACAUGCAUGUAGUGCACACCAAAAGGAGGCAUGGGGGAAGUAGAAUGCUUACAGCUGUGAUGUGCCAUAGCUGUGAUCAUUGGAGCCUUUUUUUUUACUUUUUAAAAUGCAUUUUUUAAAAGAAGCGGCAAGCGGGCAAGCAGGUGAGCGGGCAAUUGGGUGGACAUGGACGGGGGUGGGCAGGGAUUUUUGCUAGCAAUUCUCCAAACCACCUGCCGCCAUUGCUACCGGAUUGCUCGAUCCGGUCCAAACCGGGAGCAUUUCACCCCUGCUUCAAGUGUUCUGGGAGUUGAAGUCCACGGGUCUUAAAGUGGCCAAGGCUGGACCCCCAUGUUCUAUAUGAUCUUCCAUAGCAACUGAUCUCUGAUCUCAGCCAUAGCUCAGCUUUCACGCUCAACUCUCAAGUACCAUUUCCAGUCAGGGUUUCUUACUAGGUCUCCUGUUUCUGCAAACGACCACCUGGAAAAGUAGCUCUCCCUUGGACAUGUCUCGCCAUCUCAUCUAGCCGAAGCGUGAAUGUCAGCGUUCCAGGCAAGGCCUGCAUUUCAAAGCAGAACCCCAAGGCAGGUUAAGUCAUCAAAAAACAGUCUUUGAGGGGAAUUAGUUCAGGAGUUCAGGAAUUAGAUAAUACUAGAUAGAAGACCUUUAAACUGCUGUUAGGGUCCCAUUUUUCCACCUCACCUUUUUUUUGCUUUUUUGCUUUGGGAGCUGUUUACAACUGUGUCAUAAAAAGAAAGAUGUGUAUCACUAUCUAUCCAUGUGUUAUGUGUUCACAGGGUUUCAUGUUGAUUGUAAUGGAGAACUUUCCUUCCUGCCUAUAACUCGCUGUUGCUUCCAGGGGUGCAGCUUUCCAUCAGGGCAUUAAAUUAUCUUAAGCAGUUGAAGUGCUUAAUCUGAAUAAAUUAUGCUGAUUAAGCCACCCUAAAUCAGGGUGUCAGCCGGCGAGGCCUUUAGGCUGCAGGCCGUUGAAGUUCACUCAUUGUUCAAUAGGAUAUCUGGAAUUGGGAGCAGUAUCCUUCUGCAAAUAGGUUUUAUGUAUAUAAUUAUAAAGAACGCAUACUCUGUAUAUAACUGCAGUGCUUGGCUUCUUCUAAUGGCUUGCUCCUUUUAGCAAGCAUACAUCUGCGCCUCGGUUUCCUGAAUUUGAAUUCCAGAAUUUGAACCAUGGAAACUGUGAACAAUUUGGUGGUGAGGACGAUGGAAUUGGCCACAAGAUAUUGGCCUCCAUUAUCCACCAAAAUAAGAAUCCAAGGUCUCCCUGGAUCGGACUCCUUCAGGCUGCAAAGUGGGCUCAGGACUCAAGGUAGCUUCCACAUCACAUGAGAUGGUUGUGCCUUCCUAUGAAAAUGCAAGCUGGGCAGCGAGUGAGUGAAGGGGGGCAGGUUGCAAAAAAGUGCUUACCAGCUCACUUAGCUGAUGGUCUCAAGCAGCACCUUUGAAAUAACAAGAUUUUACCUGGGUCUUUUUACUUGACUGCCGUGUUUCUCAACCUGGUCAGCUGUAAGACAGGUGGACUUCAACUCUCAGAAUUCCCCAGCCAGACCAAGUUGAGAAGCCCUGCUUUAACGGGAUAUAUUCCCAGCAUCCUCCAUGUUUUCAGGAUACUGUAGCAAAAGGCCCAACAGAGAACAUCAGUAAUAACUCUUAGCUACAGAUGUGGCAAAUGAAAGUUAACUGAAUUUAUUUUUUCUCUGGUAUUUUCCAUGACUAUGGAAGAAAGUCUGUUGGGUGCAUUAUUCAGCCCAGCAUGGCUGAACUUUGAGAUGUAAAACAUUUCUCUGCUUCUUGGAUCUGGACUUCAUACGAGGUGUCUUCUUUUAGCAAAGGACAUUCAGCCAUCUAGACACCCUAGAUUGGUGCCUUGAGAUGUAUUGUACUGCAGGUCCCCAAAAACUCUACCAAACACAUUGACUAGAAAUUAUGUGCUGUAGAACCUCUGGAAGAUUUGCUAUUGGGGAAGAUUGUCCAAAUAUAAAGCCUCCUUCAUCUACACAUCUACUGCUCCAUCAGGUGAGAUCUGUGACCCACCAGGCCAUCCAUGGGGUCUUAACAUAAUAGUCUCAGCACCCUCCAGAAUUAUGUGGCCCUGGCAUGGAUAUACCCAACAUGAUGGAGCAGGACAGCCUCUUGAGGAGGUGGUUAACAGUUUGCAUCUUGUCUCCUCAUUUGCCAUGUUCUUUCAGUAUUUAUUGUCCUUUUCUCUCCUACUUUCUGGAAUCUCCACUCUUGCCCAGAUUUAGAUUAGGAGAAUCUGGAAAAUAUUCUGAUGGGAUUUCAAUCCUUGAAGGAUUGUUUUUGUUCAAGAUGUCAUUUCCCAGCCUGGAGGAAGGAAUCUUCUCCUCAUCCUUCUGAAGUCUUUUUUUUUUUUUUUGAUGUGCUGAAACCUGCUAAAGAUUUCACCUGGGAGCUGGUUAUAAAAUUAUAGAGGUGAGAAGGAUUUCUGGAUGGAAAAUGCACUUAAGGUCCAAGGUCCAUCCAAAUCUCUUCCUUUGUGAAAUUGUUAUGAAAUACUGCAUGGAAUUACUUGUGCAUUAAUGUAUAGAGUGCUAUAGAUAAACUAGAUAUAUACUCUGUGUCAGUACAGGAACAAAAAUACAGGGCAAUUACACAAGUUUACAAACGUAUCUUCCCUUUGGGACAAGAUCGUGUCAUGCUUUUCUCCUCGUCCGUUUCCUCCAACAUCACCUCUGUGCUUUCAUGGGUCACUUCUCUAAAUGGUUUCAUGUUUUACUGAGUCACUACAUCGAAGUAUUGCAGUUGUAGAGCCAUCUGUCCGACCCCCAUUCACUCUGCUGUAAUCCUUUUGAAUUUGUUCGUUCGGGGUCUUUUUUGUAUUUCAUAGUUUUUAUAUAUUGUGACAGUGUACCUAUGCAACCACAAACAGAAGGCAGAACUAACAAAUGUCAAGCGUCAACUUAUAUGCAUGAUUAGUGAUGUUUGCAUUUUAAAUAAAACCGAUGAAUGGU